AAGCACAGAGAAAGAGCUAAUAAACCCCAUCAUGGAUAUAGAAGAUCUUGUUAAAAAUGGAAGUAAACACAGAGUUUGCCCUUAUUAUCUCUCCCGGACUUUGAAGCAGCAAGCAGAUAUCAUUUUUAUGCCUUAUAACUAUUUGCUGGACUCAAAGAGUCGAAGAGCUCACAACAUAGAUUUAAAGGGAGCUGUAGUCAUACUUGACGAAGCUCACAAUGUGGAGAGGUUGUGCGAAGAGAUGGCGUCAUUUGACUUGACUCCUUACGACUUGGCUUCAGCUGUAGACGCCAUCAACAUCGUCCUGGAAGAACAAACCAGAAAAGUUCAGCAGAAUGAAUUCACCUUUGAGUUUGGCGCAGAGCAGGGAAACUCGGGUCUAAACAUGGAGCUUGAAGACAUAGCAAAGAUAAAGAGGAUUCUUCUUCAACUGGAAAAUGAAAUAGAUGCUGUAGAGCUACCACCAACAGGAAGUGGACUUACUAAAGAUGGAAUCUACAUAUUUGAACUGUUCGCAAAGGCUCAGAUCACCUACCAAACCCAAAGUUCUCUCCUCGAUUCGCUGGAACAAAUUGUGCAAUAUUUAACAGGCCGUACUGGGAUAUUCACCAACACGGCUGGGUUGCAUAAAUUGACAGACAUAAUCCAGACUGUUUUUAAUUUUGGUCUAUCGGAAGGAACGUCUAACUCCACACCAGACUUCUCGGUGUCAAAAUAUUAUAAGGUCCACAUCCAUCCAGAUGUUAAUGGUCAAAAAAAGAAGCAGAGGACAGACCUGUGGAAUGCCUCGGUAACUAAAAAACAAGGGAAAAUCUUGAGCUACUGGUGUUUCAGCCCUGGAUACAAUAUGCAUGAACUGGUUCGUCACGGAGUCCGGACAAUCAUUCUUACCAGUGGGACACUCUCCCCUCUUUCAUCUUUUACUCUGGAAAUGCAGAUACCUUUCCCAGUUUGCCUGGAAAACCCUCAUGUUAUUGAUAAACACCAGAUUUGGGUGGGGGUAAUCCCUAAAGGACCUGAUGGAGGUUUGCUGAGUUCGACCUAUGAAAAAAGAUUUUCACAAGAGUGCCUCUCUUCUCUUGGGAAAACUAUAGGAAAUCUUGUUCGUAUCGUACCACAUGGGCUACUUGUCUUCUUCCCAUCAUAUCCUGUCAUGGACAAAACUCUGGAAUAUUGGCGAGAGCAUGAUUUUGCAGGAAAAAUAGAGGCAGUGAAACCAUUGUUUGUGGAACCAAGAAACAAAGGAACAUUCACAGAGACAGGGACACCAAGGGUAAUAGAUGCCUAUUAUGAGAAGAUUGCCUGUCCCAAAUCUAAUGGUGCUGUUUUCACGGCGGUGUGUCGUGGAAAGGCCAGUGAAGGGUUGGACUUUGCUGACAGAAACGGACGGGGUGUCAUCAUCACCGGCCUCCCUUUUCCUCCUCGCAUGGACCCCAGAGUCAUUUUAAAGAUGCAGUUCUUGGAUGAGAUGAAAGCAAAAAGUGCGGGUGGACAGUAUUUAUCUGGGAACCACUGGUACAAACAGCAGGCUUCUCGCGCAGUAAACCAGGCCAUAGGCAGAGUCAUCCGGCACCGACAGGACUAUGGUGCCAUCUUCCUCUGUGACCACAGGUUCAUGAAUAUAGACGCAAGAGCCCAGUUACCUUCCUGGGUCCGACCUUACGUCAAGAUUUAUGAGAAUUUUGGACAUGUAGUCAGAGAGGUGUCUCAUUUCUUCCGUACUGCACAAAAUUGCAUGCCUGCUCCACCAAUUCGGGAUCCCUCAUGCACUGCUAAUAGAGAAGAAGACAACGUUACACCUUCUGCUUCACAUGAGCAUUUCCUUCCUGUAUCAAAAGCCAGCAAUUUAGAUGACCAUGUUCCUAGUUUGAAAAGGAAGAGAAUUGACAACGGAGUGACCAACCUGUGUACAGAUUAUGGUCAGGUUCCGACCACCUCCAGAAGGCAGCCUGCUAGUCUCUUGGAUGCGCUAGAAAACAACGAGAAGAAUGUAGGAGAGGCAGGUGAGGAAGACAGCUUGCCAGGAGAAGAAAAGGCAAAACGUUUGUCAACUCUGUCUCUUCAAUAUGAGAAAAAACUGAUGGAUGGGCAGAAAGGAGGCAGGAAGAAAAUCAAGAUAUUGAGCACUCUGCAGACUGGCAAGGCGCCAGAUCCCUCUGAACCCAAAAAAGCAAGGGCUGCAUCUUUUAUUGCAACGGUGAAACAGUCCCUAAGUCAGCUUAAUUUCGACACAUUCUCACGAGCCCUGCAGCAAUACAAGAACACAAAUGACUUCAAUGCAAUGUUCUCUCAAAUGAGCACUCUUUUUGCAGAAGACCAGGAAAAGCACGUCUUGUUGCGAGAGUUUUACCAGUUUGUGCGGCCACAGCAUAAAAAACAAUUUGAUGAAGCCUGCUGUUCUCUGACUGGAGUGGGCUGCGGGUAUAAACCAGAGCACAGCCUUCUGCGAGAGGAGAGAUUGUUGCUGGCCAAGAAUGCUGAGAAGGAAUCUGAGAGGCAAACCACCUUUUCAGAGAGUUCCUCUAAGCAGCUUGACUCUCAGCAGCACUUGAACAAAGGAGGGUCCCACCUAACUUCUGUGUCAGAUGCCAGAGAAGGAAGCCAGGCAUGCAUAACCAGUGAACCUUUUGAAAAGCCAUCCAGCUCUCUAAAGGAGAAACACAACCAGAUAAUCAUGUCAGCCUACUUGAAUGACCUCAGGAAGUGUCUGGAUAAAAACAGCUACAGCAGCUUCCUUUCGGCCCUCUCCACGUACAAGAAGACGGACGACUACGAUGCCAUGGUUUCCGUCGUGGCAGCCCUCACCACAGAGAAGCCAGAACACUUCCAUCUCCUGCAAAGGUUCUCUCUGUUUGUGCGUCCCCACCACAAGGAGCGAUUCAGACAGAUGUGCAAACAGCUGACUGGAACGGGUUGCCCCAGGGAAAGCGAGGAGGUUCUGUUGCCCGCCCAGGAGGGAGGCUCUGUGGCCGCGGGGGGUUCACACCACCCUGAGAAAGGAAGCCAAACUCGGGACGAAGUGACUGCAGAAACCCCAGACUUCCAUGAGAGUGGGACGCUACAGACUAUAGUCUCUCCUGGAAGCAGCUUGAAAUUACAGAAGACUAUAGGUAGUUCCAGCACUUUACGAGCACUCACAAGUUCUGAUACUGUACCUAUCUCACCAGUCGGUGGAGGAUUCCGGUGUGUUGAAUGCCAGUCUGAGUGGGGUGUGCCUUUUAAGUGCCAGCGCUGUGCCUUCACUUGUUGCAAAACAUGCUGGGAAAAUCUUUUAAAGUUUGCCAAGAAGUGCCCGAGAUGCCAAGCUGAUACCAAGAGGAGACAUUUAGCCCUGUCUUAUUGGCCAGAUCCACACUGAAAGAUCUUCACAGGGAGAGCACCAGUCACUUAUCCAGGGAGACAUUACUCAUGGCUCACACGUGGGACAGAAGCAAGGCAUGCUUUUCCUUCCAGCAGGCAUGCUUUUUUCUUCUUCCCUGGGGUUCUUUGUCUUCCUUGUGUGGCUUUCUUUUUUGGCAAAACAUGGUCAUCGUCAGAUCUUCCGAGAGGAGCAGCAUGAUUUCCAAGAUUAUAAUUACCCAGAUAUUUUGGAACGGGGACUUGGCACAGCCGUUACACUUCGCUUGUUCAUCAAGGGAGCUGAAUGGACUCCUCUAGGCUCUGUUCAAGCCAAAAUGAGCCAUUAUUGAAUCAUCCAGCAGUGUGCAUAUUUAUGAGUAUCAGUAUUGUACAAAAAGUCAUUCCUAAAUCAUUUCGGACUGUACUGCUCUUGGACAGUUCUUGUUUUUAUGCUUUCUUUAUAAAAACCUUCCUUCAGUCUGCUUUCUUGGAAACAUGGUUUUAAGCAACUGAAAAAACGGAAGUUGGCUACCUGCUGCUUAGGUGGUUUUUCUGAUGUUGAGAUCAAAGUGACCCUGGCCAGUUCUCAUCCGGACCAAGCCUCCAGUGUUCAGAUUAAUUUACUUCCAUUCCUCUUGGGAUCUUUUGUGUUCUUAACAUCGAAAAAGAAGAAAAGAGAUUAUGUUCUGCCUACAUUUUCUGAUGCUUCCAUUUUCAAAAAUAUGUCUUAACAGUAACAGUUUUGUUGCAGUGAAUUGAUGAGCGCGCAAUUGAAGUCAAUCAGAUCAAGAGACUAGUAGUCCUUUUACAUUUUCAUACCCUACCUUUUUUUUGCGAAAUUAAAAUUCUUUGCUAAAAUAAAAUAAAAAUGCCAUUUUCUAAAAGUGGAUAGU